AUGAGAGCUGUCAGUUUUCUGCUUACUGUUAUGGGAGUGCUUGUCAAUCUUGUCCAAACAUAUAACCGCCCAAACCAUUUUGGAAAUCCUUGUGUAUUAUGCAAAUGUUUUGUAAUGUAUACGGAUCGAGAUAAGCCAUUAUCAUCAGUACCUUAUGGAGUUGCUAAAGAUGGUUAUGAUAGCACCGAGGAUCAGUGCUUAUCGACUUGUUUAAAAGAUAAUAAGUGUAAGGGAGUUGUGUAUGGAUUAGUCGGAGGACGUAAUGUCUUUACGUGUGAACUUUAUGCAGACGCGGCUCUUGAUGAGUUAAUAUAUGUUCCCCAUGUAAAUAUUUAUCUACCAAAAAGGAGAUCAGAAUGUCAUGUGUAUUGUAAGUUUAUCUUUUACAAAUAUAAUGAUCAUUUUUCGUACAUCAUAUAUAAUGAUGAUCGUUUAAUUUGGAAUACUUAA